AUGGCUUGCAACUUAUGCAAAAUUUUCAAAAUCGACAGAACCUCUAAUCCGCCCACCCCUCGUGUUUCCGUCUCUUCUCCUAGCGAAAGUGAUCACGCCGAUCAUACACCGGCUGCAAUUCAUUCACCAAAGAGUGUACCACCAGUUUUCUGUCCACUUCCCAUUCAAUACUCAACAGAUUCUAGUGGUGCCGACGACACCGAAGACGAGGAGGAAGAUGCAGAGGAAGAGGAAGACGAGGAGCAGGAGGAGGAGGAGAAGGAGAAAGAGAGUCAUGUGUUGGACUAUAUUGUAACGUUUCCUGACUCCGACUCCGACUCUGGUGCUGAUGAAUUAUCGAAGGUGCCUGAAGGGUGCUUGUGUCCUGAUCAAGAAUAUACCGUAACAUUUCCUGACAGUACCGACUCUGAGUCUGAGUCUGAAUCUGAUGCGGAGGAAGAGCAAGUGUUUGUCCAUAAAGAUGACUGCUUGAAUUCUGAUGAUGGUGAUGACCAACUUCACUUUGUGACGCCUCAUCAAGAGGAGGACAUGUAUGCUCAUCAGCACUGUGGGUUCCAAUGUCAUCAUCACGAUUAUCAUGGGGCCGUCAUCAUCACGACGAAGGUUACUAAAGUGAUUGUAUGGGGUUUGCAUGAAUGCGAUGACAAUUUGCGGUCAGCUCAGAAGGUAACAAGUUAA